UCGGGAUCAAGGAUUUACAUCCUUGACGGGUACAUCAGGAGCGGGUUUGAAUAAGUCAUCUCCACGGAAUGAUGAUAUGGAGCAAGAUCGAGAUGAGUGGGAAGGACUCAGCGAAGUAAUCUGGGUAACAAAGACUGGUUCGAUGCUUGGCUAGCGGGCGAGCAGAAGUUCGCAGAGGAUAUCUACAACGAAAUUAUCAGUGCACCUGAGGCAUGGCAGCUGGUCGAUUCCGACAAAAUUCUGAGGGAACGGGUGAUGAAGACCUGAAACCAACAACGUCGGCACGACGUAUCAAAGGCUUGAUUGAGCGAGUGACAGAACAAUAUCAGCCUCUUCCGCGUUUCGCCCACAAGGCGCACUUCCUUAUUACGAUACAAAUAUCAAUUUUAGAGUCUUACCUCUCAAGAAUAUCAUCCUCGCUCGAUGCUUACGAGACUCUAUCAUCCUCCUUUAUGAAGGCUGUCCCUGGAGCCCUCGCGGGGCAGUUCGGCACUGUGGCCUAUGCGAGUGCUAAGUGGAUUAAAGACGCAAUGGAGAAUUGGGGAGAAGAACUCUUUUUCCUUGAGUUGUGGGCGGAAAUCAACAAGCGAUCAGCCCUUCGAGCUCGUGCGGUAGCUCACCCUUCGCUCCCCUCAAACAAUAUAGGUUUAGCGGCAACACGGAAGGAACCUUGUUUGAUGAGCUCAUUGCCCAUUACGAUAGAGUUCUUGUGCGUGCGUUCGAGAUGAUGAUCAAGCAAGUAUGCUAUGAAGUUGAGUCGGACCUAAAGCAUUACAUCAAUGUUCCUUGGGAGGACUCUGUCGAGCCUGAUGCAGAAUCAACGCAAGCAGUACCAUCCGAGCUCAUCAAGCCCCUUUCAACAUUCUCUUCGUCUCUCCGCUUCUUCGCUACUGCUUCAAUUCCUCCUUCCUUUGUCACAACGGCGCAUAAACGAAUCGUGGCAACUAUAACUCAUCACUUAACUCAGAGAGUUGUCCGCCACCGGUCGAAAGGCCGGUUCACCUCU